UAAACAUAUGGCUGGGGUGAACAGCUGACCGCCGCUUCCGGAUCGGGAAUUUUUGACAUAUUUACGCUAGUUGUGGCUAGAGGAAGACUUAUUCACACAAAAAAUUACAAAAUGGUUGCUCGUCACCUUCUAAGACUUGGCCUUUUGAGUGGGGGGGCUGUUAUUGCCUACAAUGGAGAAGAGGUCCAGUCAGCAGCUGUAGGUGGUUUGAGAUUUGGCAGAGCUGCAGUUGCAGUGGUGAAAAUUGUGGCAGAUUACCGAAAUACGCUUUAUUCAGGGACAAUAACUCCAGAUUCACCUGAAUAUGCUGAAACACAUUUGCGUGCAGCUAACAGGCUGCUGGAUCUUUGUUGUGCUAAUGGUGGAGCCUUUGUAAAGGUGGGUCAACAUAUUGGUUCUCUAGAGUAUCUCUUGCCAACUGAAUAUGUGGAGACAAUGAAAGUUCUUCACUCUAGUGCCCCAAAGUCACCUCUGGAAAAUGUCUAUCAAGUUUUACGUGAAGAGUUAAAAUGUGAGCCUAAAGAAUUAUUUGUUGAAUUUGACCCCAACCCUUUAGGAGCGGCUUCCCUGGCCCAAGUUCACAGGGCAAAGUUAACCGAUGGGAGAGAAGUGGCAGUCAAAGUGCAACACCCAAGUGUCAAGGCACAUGCUGAUGUUGACAUGAAGGGAAUGGAGUUACUUGUCAAUGUAGUUGCCCAAAUCUUCCCUGACUUCAGUUUUAAGUGGCUGGUGGAAGAAAUGAAGAAGAACUUGCCCAAAGAACUAGACUUCUGUUAUGAAGCAAAAAAUGCUGAGGAAGUAGCCAGACAGUUUUAUCACUUCCCAUGGCUGAAGAUUCCUAGUAUAGACUGGAACUUAACAACAUCACGAGUUCUGGUUAUGGAGUUUUGCCAAGGGGGUCAAGUCAAUGACCGUAACUACAUGACGGAGCAUGGCAUCAAUACCAGAGAAGUCUCAGAGAAGAUCAGCAAACUGUACUCUGAAAUGAUCUUUGUAAAUGGUUAUGUGCACUGUGACCCUCAUCCUGGCAAUGUGCUGGUCAAGAAAAAUGGAAACUCUGCUGAAAUUGUCCUCUUGGAUCAUGGUCUCUAUACAAAUUUAACCAAUGACUUUAGAGUAACAUACAGUAAGUUCUGGUUGAGCAUUUUGAAUGCAGACCUGAAGGAAGUACAAAAGUAUGGAGAGCAGCUUGGUGUUGGAGAACUGUUUGGGUUAUUCGCCUGCAUGGUUACUGCUCGUUCAUGGGAUUCAAUAUCCAAAGGGAUCGACAAAAAGGAGAGGUCUUCGGGUGAGCAAGAUGAGAUUAAGGCAGAUGCUGCUAAAUACUUGCCAGAAAUAUCAGCUGUUUUGAAUCGAGUCCCACGACAGAUGCUGCUAAUCUUCAAGACAAAUGACUUACUAAGGGGCAUUGAAUUUUCCCUCAAUACUCAAGAAAGCAUGACGUCAUUCAUUACCAUGUCACGAUGCUGCAUCAGGUCACUUUAUGAACAGCAGAGAUUACUAUGCAAGUCGUUCCUGUGCAAGAGUAAAAUCAACAUCGAAGAGACUUGGGCCCAGUUUCGGAUCUCAUUGUACACUGUUUAUUUAUGGUACUUGCAUUCAAGACUUGGUAAAUAUCUUAAUAAUGUGUAAGUGGGCUGUACAUAAAAUAAUAAUGCAACUUCUAUCAUCAUUGUUAUUGUUAUGUAAAUAUUUUAUUACUGCUCAAAAGAUGUCUGUUGGUUUGGUUUUAAAUAUUUUUUUAGUAUAUUUAUUUAUAAAAUGAAAC